GUAAAUUACAAAUUUACAAACAAAAAUAUCACUUUUGAUUCCGAUAUUCAAAAACACUUGGAAGUUCAUUUUAGAUGCUUUACGUGACAAAGAUAAAGAUUGAUUUUUUUUUCAUAUAUCUAGCAUGCUUUUUUCAAGUAUGAGAGCAUUGAGAUGAUGAAAAGGUGUCUUCAGGAGAAAUUCUCAAAAGUAAUGUAAGGGCUUUGCGACUUCGCUUAGAAAAUCUCUCAAUAGAAGUUCUUAUGGAUGAUGCAUAAUCUUAUUAGCACAACUUGUUGGAGAGAUUGCAUAGAGACUUUUGUUUAUGGUCGAUGCUUAAGAAGUACUACUCUUGGGCGAUACAGUUAGUUAUAAAAUAUCACUGAUUGUCAGGUUGACUUCUCUAUACCCUCAACUACCCAAACCAAUUAUAUUAAUUCAACUAGGCUUAUAAAUAUCACUGAUUGUCAGGUUAAAAUAUCAUUUACAUUAAUUUUUGUUCAAAAACAAUUAUAUUAAUUCAACUAGGCUUAUAAGACUUUGUUUUAAAAUCGUGGUUGAAACGUUUUCAUGAGGCACCACAAACAUCAAAUAUCUCAAACAGUCCAACUCGUGAUGGGUUUGGGAUUUUCUAAGGUUUUUGGAGUGUUUCCUUUCUACGUAAAAUAAAAGUUAAAAGUUUUGGUGUUUUUGCCUUUUCUAGGUUUAGUUUUGAUUGUAUAUAAAGGAGUCUCUUAUGAUCAAAAUAGGGUUACUACAGAACAUGGAGCAAAAGAAGACGUACAAGAAAAGAAAAACACAAUUGAAAUCAUCAACCUCCUUUCCUGUCGAUCUAACCACAGAGAUACUCUUAAGACUGCCUGAGAAAUCUGUUGCCAAGUUUAGCUGCGUGUCCAAGCUUUGGUCAUCGAUCAUCACCGAUCCAUAUUUCAUAUACUUAUUCCAAACGCAAAGCCUUCAAAUCUGUUUCCAAAAAGAUGACAACUUAUUUUUUUCCUCGAUUCCUCAGAACUCUAACAGGUCCUACUUUUCUACUUCUCUGUUUUUUGAUCAGACGAAACUCCCAGAAAAUUGUAGUCACUGGUCAUCGACAGAAUCAGUGCAUGGCUUGAUCUGCUUUCAUAAAUCAGACAAGCUGAUAGCUUGGAACCCUAGCACGAGACAAUUCUUAGUUUUACCGAAUUUAUUACCGAGCUCGAACGACACAAUACUGUUUUUAGGAUAUGAUCCCAUUGAACGUAAACACAAAGUAAUGUGCAUUCCCCGUAACAGGACCUUCCACAAGUGCCAAGUUCUUACACUGGGAUCAGAUCUAAUAUCAUGGUUGUGGAGAAGGGUCGGAACUAACCAGGCGCAUUCUACUUCCGUGUUUACUUACGGGCGAUGCGUCGAGGGUGUUAUAUAUUAUCUAGCCUAUUCUUCUCGGAGAUCUCAUAUGGUUAUGAUGAGCUUUGAUGUCAGAUCUGAAAAGUUCCAUAUGAUAGAACUACCAUGCAACUUUACUGGUCGUCGGCUAGUAACUUAUAAGGGAAGGUUAGCUUGUUGUAACAGAAAUAUUGAAAGAGGCUUCUGGAUUUUGGAGGAUGCACAGAGACACAAGUGGUCGAGUCAACACUUUCUUUCGCCUUUUGGUACUGGCUGUCGUGAUCUGAUGAGUGUGGGAAACGGUUUAAACCUGAAAGGUUUCACUCAUGGUGGUGAGUUUAUUUAUGCACCAGACAGGUUUAGUCGAUCGUUUUAUAUUUUAUUAUGCGAUCCGGUGAGAAACACCUGUAGAAGAUUUGAAUUUAAAGGAUUAGCAGACAAUGGAUCUGUCAAUAGUGGAGUUGGAGACGUAGACAGAUCGAUGUAUGCGCUCCAUACUUUCCCGAAUCACAUUGAUAGUCCAAAGGCUUUUGCGACACUUUGUAACCAAGCAAAAAGGACUGGCUCGGGGCAAAUCGUAAAUCCGUCGAUCUUGGAUUAGAAUCUUGCGAAUAAAUAUAGUAUACUUUACUUUACUGUUUUUUUUUUUUUUGGUAAAACGUUUUCUUUACUGUUUGUACAAGUUUAUGGGCAAAACCCCUAAACCCAACAAUAUUUGGAGGCAAACGUGGCCGAUGUUCUUUACAGAACACAAUGAUUUUCUCCUAUUCCCACUAAACCCUUGCAAAACAUUGUUUUAUAAACUUGCAUGUUGACAUGAAGCAGAAUUAAACAGCUAGACUUGAGAAUUAAGCUGUUAGACUUGAAAAUUAAGCUGUCACACUUAAAAAUACUUAUAAAGUCUUAUAAGGUCUUUUAUAAGGUUUUAUAAAGGUUUUAUAAAGGUUUUAUAAAGCUUUAUAAGAAGCACCAGACUUGAGAUGUAAGCUGCCAGACUUGAGACUUGAGUGCCAGACUUGUGCCUAAGAGUGAAAUUCGUGCAACUUCAACUUGAGAGGCAAAUUUGAAUUCAAAUUAGGUUCUGACAUUUGGAGAGAAAGGCUGGACAAGUGGGGAUUAAAAUAACAUGUUGGAGAGAAGAAAGAUGGCUGUUAGGAGCUGUCACUAUCACAUUGGAAGCUCUCAUGCAUCUCAGCCAUUCAAUUCAAAUUAAUUCAGAUC